CGUCCUCGCAGCGCCCCCAGGACAACCUCCGCUCUCCACAAACCCGGCGCCCGCUCCGCCGCCGGCCCAUCGGCCCGCGCCCUCGCCUUGCCGGUCUAGCCCUCGCCGCCGUCUCCACUCCUCCCGCUCCGCCGACGUCACGCCGGGCGCCAACGCGCAGCUGCGAGCGCGGGGCGCGCGUCCCUUCCGGCUCGCCGUAGCAGGCGCGCUGCCGCUUCCUCCGGCCGGGCCCCGGAUGUGUCGAGCGGAACGGUGCCGUCUGGGCCCGGUCCCCAGCCCCAGCCCGACGUGGAGGAGCGCGGCCCAGACCCGGGAAUGUCUUGUCGUGUCAGUGGCCUGCAGUCCGUGGUCCUUGCGUCUGGCUGUGCUCCUUGGCGUCCUCGUGGUGUGGGUGUGUCUGUAGCUCGGCCUUUACGUUGCUGAGGCAGCCACGUUGUGUGGCUCUUCCAGGUGUUUUAUUCCUUCGCCAGGUGAAGGAGAGCAUUAAGUUGGAUAAAAAAGGAGGGCGAUCAUGCACCAUGGCAGCGGCCCUCAGAACGUCCAGCACCAGCUGCAGAGGUCCAGGGCCUUCGCUGGCAGCGAAGGAGAAGAGCAGCAGGCCCGCCCCAACCCCGCGCAGUCCCCCGCCACGCCCUUUGCGCCGGCGGCGAGCCCGUCCGCGCCCCAGUCCCCCGGUUACCAGGUUCAGCACCUGAUGAGCCGCAGCCCCGUGGCCGGGCAGAGCGUGAACAUCGCCCUCCAGAAUGUGGGGCCGGUGGUGGGAGGGAACCCCCAGAUCACGCUGGCCCCCCUGCCGCUGCCCAGCCCCACUUCUCCGGGAUUCCAGUUCAGUGCGCAGCAGAGGCGGUUUGAGCACGGGUCUCCAUCGUACAUCCAGGUCACCUCGCCGCUGUCCCAGCAGGUGCAGACUCAGAGCCCCACCCAGCCCAGCCCCGGGCCGGGACCGGGCCUGCAGAGCGUGCGGGCGGGAGCCCCUGGCCCCGGCCUGGGCCUGUGCAGCAGCAGUCCCACCGGGGGCUUCGUGGACGCCAGUGUGCUGGUGAGACAGAUCAGCCUGAGCCCGUCCAGUGGCGGCCACUUCGUGUUCCAGGAGGGCUCGGGCCUGGCGCAGAUGGCCCCGGGCGCCCAGGUUCAGCUGCAGCACACGGGGGCGCCCAUCACGGUCAGAGAACGGAGACUUUCGCAGCCCCACGCACAGUCGGGGGGCACCGUCCACCACCUGGGACCUCAGAGCCCCGCGGCCGCAGGCGGGGCCGGCCUGCAGCCCCUGUCCAGCCCUGGCCACAUCACCACGACGAGCUUGCCGCCCCAGAUCAGCAGCAUCAUCCAGGGCCAGCUGAUCCAGCAGCAGCAGGUGCUGCAGGGGCCUCCGCUGACCAGGCCUCUGCUCCCUGGGGUCGGGGGGACUUCGGCGUUUGGGAUGACGUCCCCACUCCCCCCCACCAGCCCUUCCAGGACCGCAGCGCCCCCGGGCCUCUCCAGCCUUCCUGUCCCGUCUGCGGGGAGCGCGGGGAUAAGAAAGGCUCCCAGGAAAUUGGAAGAGAUCCCCGCGGCCUCCCAGGAGCUGGCUCAGAUGCGGAAGCAGUGCCUGGACUACCACUUCAGGGAGAUGGAGGCCCUGAAGGCGGCCUUCAAGGAGUACUUGGUCGAGCUGUUCUUCUUGCAACACCUUCAGGGAAACAUGAUGGAUUUCCUAGCUUUCAAGAAGAAGCAUUAUGCCCCGUUACAAGCUUACCUUAGGCAGAAUGAUUUGGACCUGGAGGAGGAGGACGAGGACGAGGACGAGGAGAAGUCUGAGGUCAUCAACGACGAGGUAAAGGUUGUGACAGGAAAGGAUGGGCAGACUGGUACUCCUGUUGCUAUAGCAACCCAGCUUCCUCCAAAUGUUUCUGCUGCUUUUUCAUCCCAGCAGCAACCAUUUCAGCAACAAGCCCUUGCAGGGACCCUUGUGGCAGGGGCUGGCAGUGUGAUCGAAACGGACCCCUUUAAGAGGCAGCAGGCGGGACCUCCGGCAGAGCAGUCUAAGAGACCUCGACUCGAAGUGGGUCACCAAGGGGUAGUUUUCCAGCACCCAGGGGUGAAUACAGGAGUUCCUCUCCAGCAGUUAAUGCCGACAGUUCAAGGGGGAAUGCCACCUGCGCCGCAGGCCACUCAGCUCGCCGGCCAGAAGCAGAGCCAGCAGCGGUACGACCCCUCCACGGGGCCCCCGGUGCAGAACGCCGCCAGCCUGCACACGCCGCCGCCGCAGCUGCCCGCCAGGCUGCCCCCGGCCGGCCUCCCCGCCGCGCCCCUGCCGCCGGCACUGCAGUUCCCCCCGCAGCCGCAGACGGCGGAGACGCAGACCCCGCUCCCGGUGCCGGUGAAGACGCAGCCGCCAAACGCCCCCGCCCCGGCACCCCCGCCCGGCCAGCUCCCCGCGGCCCUCCACGUCCCGGUGCCCGCGAAGGCGCAGAUGCAGGCCCCUCCGCUCCCGUCCCAGCCGCAGACGGCGGCGCCACCCAGACCGCCCAUGGACCCCGCCCAGCCCUGCCCGCGGCCGCUGCCCUCCGCCUCCUCUGCCUCGACCGUUGUUCCCGCCAGUGGCUCAGGCCCGGGGCCUUCGCCUGCCCGGGCCUCCCCGGUGAACAGACCCUCCCCGGCAGCCAAGUCGCUGUCUCCGGUCAUCGCCCGCUCCCCAGGGGCAGCCGUGUCAGCGCCCCCGAAACCACAGAGCCCCGCUCAGAAUGCCGCUGCGCCCCACGACGGUUCUCAGGACAAGCUGGCAGAACAGAUAGCGCUGGAGAACCAGAUCCAUCAGCGGAUAGCAGAUUUAAGGAAAGAAGGCCUGUGGUCCCUCAGACGGCUGCCCAAGCUGCAGGAGGCCCCGCGGUCCAAAUCGCACUGGGACUACCUGCUGGAGGAGAUGCAGUGGAUGGCCACAGACUUCGCCCAGGAGAGGAGGUGGAAGGUGGCCGCUGCCAAGAAGCUUGUCAGAACUGUAGUGCGUCAUCACGAAGAGAAGCAGCUUCGGGAGGAGCGGGGAAGGAGAGAAGAACAGAACCGAUUGAGACGAAUAGCUGCAUCAACUGCUAGAGAAAUAGAAUAUUUUUGGUCAAAUAUUGAACAGGUUGUGGAAAUAAAACUACAAGUAGAAUUAGAAGAGAAAAGGAAGAAGGCUUUAAAUUUCCAGAAAGUUUCCCGGAAAGGUAAAGAGUCGAGACCUACAGGGCUUGAUGCGUUACGAGAAAACUUUGUGGAUUCGGGGAUACCUGGAAGAAAAAGAAAAGCAAGUACAUCUUUAACCGAUGAAGAAGUGGAAGACGAGGAGGAGACGAUUGCAGAGGAAGAGGCGCUGGAGGGGGCUGCGGACCACCAGGCGGAGCUGUUGGAGUUAGCCAGAGAAGCUGAAUUGCCCUUAAUUGAUUUGAUGAAGUUGUAUGAAGGUGCCUUUCUGCCGAAUUUCCAGUGGCCCCAACCUAAACCUGACAGUGAAGAGACAAGUGAAGACGAAGACGUGGAAGACUGCUCCGGUGACCGGGAGAGCCGGAAGGGUGUGGUUCUCAUCGACUCGCUGUUCAUCAUGGACCAGUUUAAAGCCACAGAGAGAGUGGUUGUCGGGAAGCCUCACACAAAGGACAUCGCGGAAGUGACCGCUGUGGCCGAAGCCAUCCUGCCCAAGGGCAGUGCUCGGAUCAGCACCGCGGUGAAGUUGAACGCUCCGGCUCUUCUGUACGGCGCCCUCAGAGACUACCAGAAGAUUGGCCUGGACUGGCUGGCCAAGCUCUACCGGAAGAACCUCAAUGGCGUAUUGGCAGAUGAAGCUGGGCUUGGUAAAACAGUGCAGAUCAUUGCUUUUUUUGCCCACCUAGCCUGCAACGAAGGCAACUGGGGCCCUCAUCUUGUCGUUGUGAGGGGCUGUAACAUCCUCAAGUGGGAGCUCGAACUGAAGCGCUGGUGUCCGGGGCUCAAAACGCUCUUGUAUGUUGGCAGCCAUAGAGAACUCAAGGCAAAGAGACAGGGGUGGACAGAGCCCAACCGCAUCAACGUCUGCAUCACGUCCUACAAGCAGUUCUUCAGGGGCUACGCGUCCUUCACACGGGUGCGCUGGAAGUGCCUGGUCAUCGACGAGAUGCAGCGUGUGAAGGGCAUGACCGAGAGGCACUGGGAGGCCGUGUUCACCCUGCAGAGCCAGCAGCGACUGCUGCUCAUCGACGCCCCGCUGCACAACACCUUCCUGGAGCUGUGGACCAUGGUGCACUUCCUUAUCCCGGGCAUCUCCAGGCCGUACCUGCACUUGCCCCUGAAAGCCCCCAGCGAGGAGAAUCAGGACUACUACCACAAAGUGGUCAUCCGGCUGCACCGGGUGACACAGCCCUUUAUUUUGCGGAGAACUAAGAGAGAUGUGGAGAAGCAGCUAACAAAGAAAUAUGAGCACGUCCUGAAGUGCCGCCUCUCCAAUCGACAGAAGGCCUUGUAUGAGGAUGUCAUCUUGCAGCCAGGGACGCAGGAAGCUCUGAAGAGCGGGCGCUUUGUGGACGUGCUGAGCAUCCUCCUGCGGCUGCAGAGGAUCUGCAACCACCCCGGGCUGGUGGCACCCCGGCUCCCGGAGUCCUCCUACACGGCGGGGCCGCUGCAGUGCCGCUCGGCCUCGCUCAUCCUGAAGGCGCUUGACCGAGACUUCUGGAAGGAAACCGACCUUUCUAUAUUUGAUCUUAUUGGCUUAGAAAAUAAAAUGACUCGCCACGAGUCAGAACUGCUGGGUAAAAAGAAGGUGACACGGAAACUCUUCGAGGAGCUGUUCACCGCGCCGCCACCAUCGGGCAGGCCAGCGGCUGUCAGACUGAAGCCCAGCAGGUUGUUUCAGCCCGUGCAGUACGGCCAGAAGCCCGAGGGCCGCACCGUGGCUUUCCCCAGCACACACCCACCCCGGACGGCCACGCCCACAGCCACUGCCACGCCACAGGGCCACGUUCGAGGACGGCCGCCCAUCGCCACGUUCUCUGCAAAUCCGGAUGCAAAAGCGCCAGCAACCCCGUUUCAGACCUCUCAGGCCUCCACCGGUGCUCCGAGACACCAGCCCGCCUCGACCUUCAGCACAGCACCUAGCCCAGCCCAUCCUGUGAAACUGCGGGCUCAAACCACUGCCCCGGCCUCCACCCCGGGCCCGCCCCAGCCCCAGCCCCAGGCCCCCUCGCACCCGGCCGGGCAGAGCGCGCUGCCUCAGGGGCUGGUGCUCACCUCGCAGGCCCAGGCGCGCCUGCCUAGUGGGGAGGUGGUCAAAAUAGCCCAGCUGGCUUCCCUCGCGGGCCCACCGAGCCGAGUCGCCCAGCCGGAGAGCCCCGUGACGCUUCAGUUCCAGGGCAACAAGUUCACCUUGUCACAUAGCCAGCUGCGGCAGCUGACAGCCGGCCAGCCCCUGCAGCUCCAAGGCAGCGUCCUCCAGAUUGUGUCCGCGCCUGGGCAGUCCUACCUGCGACCUCCAGGCCCCGUGGUGAUGCAGACAGUGUCUCAGGCGGGGGCCCUGAACGCCCUGGGAAGCAAGCCCCCAGCUGGCGGCCCAAGCCCCGCACCCAUGACCCCGCCAGUGGGUGUGCCCAGCCGACUGGCAGUCAGUCCCCUGGCCGCAGGAGAACCUGGAGUGGCCUCCAAGCCAGCCUCUCCCGUCGCCGGGCCGACCCAGGAGGAAAAGACCAGACUUUUGAAAGAGCGGCUGGACCAGAUUUAUUUUGUCAACGAACGGCGCUGCUCUCGCAGCCCUGUCUACGGCAGAGACCUGUUGGGGCUUUGUUCCCUGCCCAGCAGAGGGCAGUUGCCUUGGCUCGGGGCUCCUGAUGGAGGUCAUGGGAAGGGGGCUGGGCCCGCGAGCCGGUACACGCCACCCUCGACAACUCGCAGGGACCUGAUUUUGACCCUGACUCAACGUCAGGAAUCCCUCCAGGACGUCAUGGACAGGGUGGUGUGCGUGAUCCCGCCGGUGGUGGCCGCGCCCCCGUGCUUGUGGGUGGCGAGGCCGCCCUCCCGCUAUAGCCACAAGAUGAGGCUCUUCAGACACUACCUGCGGGAGCACACGGCGCCCUUCGCCCAGCAGCUGCAGCGGGUGACAGCUCUGCGCUCCCUGCGGUUUCCCGAGCUGAGACUGGUCCAGUUUGACUCAGGAAAGCUGGAAGCGUUGGCUAUCUUACUUCAGAAGUUGAAAUCUGAAGGACGUCGAGUGCUGAUUUUAUCGCAGAUGGUUCUCAUGUUAGACAUUUUAGAAAUGUUCUUGAACUUCCAUUAUCUCACCUAUAUAAGAAUUGAUGAAAACGCCAACAGUGAACAACGGCAGGACCUGAUGAGGAGUUUCAACCGGGACCGGCGGGUCUUCUGUGCCCUCCUUUCCACACACAGCCGCGCCACGGGCGUGAGCCUGGUGGAGGCGGACGCGGUGGUGUUCUACGACCACGACCUCAACCCGGUGAUGGACGCCAAGGCCCAGGAGUGGUGCGACCGGAUCGGGCGGCGCAAGGACGUGCACAUAUACAGGCUCGUGAGUGGCAAUUCCAUUGAAGAGAAAUUGUUGAAAAAUGGAACCAAAGAUUUGAUCCGAGAAGUGGCUGCUCAGGGAAACGACUACUCCAUGGCGUUCCUCACGCAGCGGACGAUCCAGGAGCUGUUUGAGGUUUAUCCACCCAUGGAUGACACUGGCUUCCCAGUGAAAGCCGAGGAGUUUGUCGUCCUUUCUCAGGAACCUUCUGUCACAGAAACCAUCGCACCCAAAAUUGCCAGGCCUUUCAUAGAGGCCCUCAAGAGCAUCGAGUGUCUGGAGGAGGACGCACAUGAGCCGGCAGAGGAGUUGGCGCCCGGGUCUCGGCGCCCCGACGGUUCCCGGUGGGGCGAGGAGCCCUCGCCACUGGAGGAGUUAGCGGACUUCAUGGGACAGCUCACACCAAUUGAAAAGUAUGCUUUGAAUUACCUGGAAUUAUUCCAUACUUCCACUGAUCAAGAGAAGGAGAGAAAUAGUGAGGGCGCCGUGCUGGCCGCCGUGGGCGAGUGGGAGGCCCGGCACGCGCGGGCACUGCGGGAGCGCGAGGCCCGGGCACGGCGCGAGCCCGAGCAGCAGCUGCUCACCUACACCCGGGAGGACGCCUGCCGCGCGGAGUUCGUGUAUGAGGGCGCCGACGGGCAGACGGAGGUCAUGCCGCUUUGGACGCCGCCCACGCCCCCCCAGGACGACAACGACAUCUACAUCGACUCGGUCAUGUGUCUCAUGUACGAAAGCACUCCCAUCCCGGAGUCCAAGCUGCCGCCCGUGUACGUGAGGAAGGAGCGCCGGAGACACAAGACGGACCCGUCAGCCGCAGGCAGGAAGAAGAAGCAGCGUCACGGGGAGGCCGUGGUGCCCCCGCGGUCACUGUUCGACCGCGCGACGCCCGGCAUGUUGAAGAUCCGCCGAGAGGGGAAGGAGCAGAAGAAGAACAUCCUGUUGAAGCAGCAGACACAGUUCGCCAAGCCUCUGCCCACUUUUGCCAAACCAGCCGCCGAGUCUGGUCCCGACAACCCGGAGUGGCUCAUCAGCGAGGACUGGGCGCUGCUGCAGGCCGUGAAGCAGCUGCUCGAGCUGCCGCUCAACCUCACAGUCGUGUCCCCGGCCCACACGCCCAACUGGGACCUCGUCAGCGACGUCGUCAACUCCUGCAGCCGCAUCUACCGCUCCUCCAAGCAGUGCCGGAACCGCUACGAGAACGUGCUCAUCCCGAGGGAGGAGGGGAAGAGUAAGAACAACCGUCCUCUGCGCACGGGCCAGAUGUACGCUCAGGACGAGAACGCCACGCACACCCAGCUGUACACGAGCCACUUUGACCUGAUGAAGAUGACUGCGGGCAAGAGGAGCCCCCCCAUCAAGCCUCUGCUUGGCAUGAAUCCCUUUCAGAAAAACCCCAAGCACGCUUCCGUGUUGGCAGAAAGUGGAAUCAACUACGACAAACCCCUGCCUCCUAUUCAGGUCGCAUCCCUCCGGGCGGAGCGCAUCGCCAAGGAAAAAAAGGCGCUGGCCGACCAGCAGAAGGCGCAGCAGCCACCCGUGGCACAGCCGCCGCCACCGCCGCCGCCGCCGCAGCCGCAGCCACCGCCACCGCAGCAGCCGCCCCCACCGCUGCCCCAGCCCCCGUCGGCCGGCAGCCAGCAGCCUGCGGGGCCGCCCGCCAUCCAGCCCCAGGCCCAGGCGCAGCCCCCGGCGCAGCCCACGCCGCCGCCGCCGAAGGCGCCCCCUGCGAUCACGACGGUGGGCAGCGCUGCAGUGCUGCAGGCAGGAGCCAUCAAGACAUCCGUCACAGGGACAAGCAUGCCCGCGGGCACAGUGAGCGGAAAUGUGAUCGUGAACACCAUCGCCGGCGUCCCCGCUGCCACCUUCCAGUCCAUUAACAAGCGCCUCGCUUCACCCGUGGCACCUGGAGCCUUGACUACCUCGGGAGGCUCUGCUCCUGCCCAGGUGGUCCACACCCAGCCAAGAGCAGUCGGGUCCCCCGCCACGGCCACGUCCGACAUGGUGUCCCUGGCACCGACUCAGGGUGUUCGAGCGGUCACCUCGGUGACGGCCUCGGCUGUGGUCACUACCAGCCUGACCCCGGUGCAGACCCCGACCCGGUCUUUGGUGACUCAAGUGUCCCAAGCCACAGGGGUCCAGCUUCCGGGGAAAACCAUCACGCCCGCGCACUUCCAGCUCCUGCGGCAGCAGCAGCAGCAGCAGCAGGCCUCGCAGGUGCAGGUCCCGCAGAUCCAGGGCCAGGGCCAGGCGCCGGCGCAGAUCAAGGCGGUGGGCAAGUUGACACCGGAGCACCUGAUCAAAAUGCAGAAGCAGAAACUGCAGCUGCCCCAGCAGGCGCCCCCAGCACAGGCCCCGCCGGGGCCCCCGCAGCCAACGGCACAAGUGCAGGUGCAGCCCCCGCAGCCCACGCAGCAGCAGAGCCCCCAGCUCACCACGGUCACGGCCCCGAGGCCCGGCGCCCUGCUCACGGGCACCACCGUGGCCAACCUCCAGGUGGCCCGGCUCACCCGGGUCCCCACUUCACAGCUGCAGGCUCAAGGGCAGAUGCAGGCCCCGGCGCCCCAGCCGGCCCAGGUGGCACUGGCGAAGCCCCCGGUGGUGUCGGUGCCCGCAGCCGUGGUCUCCUCGCCGGGUGUCACGACGCUGCCCAUGAACGUUGCUGGAAUCAGUGUGGCCAUCGGGCAGCCGCAGAAAGCCGCAGAAAUCACUGAAGCUGAACUCACUGUGAGCCCUGAGACCUUGUCCCUACUUGGCGCUUGUGAUUCAAUGACCGGACCUGUGUUCUCAGGGCAGACUGUCGUGGCCCAGCCUGUGCACGUCCAGCAGCUGCUCAAGCUGAAGCAGCAGGCCGUCCAGCAGCAGAAGGCCAUCCAGCCGCAAGCCGCCCCAGGCCCGGCCGCCGUCCAGCAGAAGAUCACAGCACAGCAGAUUGCCGCUCAGGGCCAACCACAGAAGGUCACCUACGCCACCCAGCCAGCCCUUAAAACCCAGUUUCUCACCACGCCCAUCUCCCAGGCCCAGAAACUGGCUGGGACCCAGCAGGUGCAGACCCAGAUCCAGGUUGCGAAACUCCCUCAAGUCGUCCAGCAGCAGACACCCGUGGCCAGCAUCCAGCAGGUUGCCUCUGCUUCCCAACAGGCUUCCCCACAGACUGUGACCCUCACCCAGGCGACAGCAGCCGGGCAGCAGGUCCAGGUGAUCCCCGCAGUGACAGCAACAGCACAGGUGGUCCAGCAGAAGCUCAUGCAGCAGCAAGUCGUGACCACGGCGGCGGCCCAGCUGCAGACCCCCGGUGUUCCCAACCCAGCCCAGGUGCCGGCCAGCUCCGACAGCCCGAACCAGCAGCCCAAGCUCCAGAUGAGAGUCCCCGCCGUCAGGUUAAAGACGCCCACCAAGCCUCCGUGCCCCUAGUCGGGAGCGCGGCGCGGCCCCAGGCGGGCCGCCCGUGCCUGCCACCGCCCCUCCCAGAUGGGGUGGACUUAUUUACUGAGCCCCGGGACAGUGCCCUGCAGGGCGUCCAGCGCCUGGAGCGGCGACCCUCAGCGAGCGCCCCCGUCACAUGAAAAAGCGGCAGUGGCAGUGUUUCCUCGAUGCUUUACCUUUUAGUUUCUCCUCCAGGGCAGUACUGCUGGGUCUUGAAAGCCAUUUAGAAUUUCUCUGUUAGUGUACAGUGUUUUUUGCACAUCACAAGUAGCCAUUUGGAAGGUGCAGUGAGUCAUAAAAUAGACCUUGUGGAGCUAAAAUGUGGUCUGACAGCAUCUGUCUCUGCCUGGUUCUUUAUUCCUAACUGAAAGCACGUUAUGGUCCUUCGAGAGGAGAAAGACUGUCUGAUAUCAAAGGUAGGUCAUCUCAGAUCAGGGAAAACCAACGUGGUUUCUCCCCUCCCUCCUAAAAUGUGACUUGUUUGGACUCUUAAAGGAGACAUUUAGUACUGACAUGCAUUGAAGCACAUUCAUGACGCGUUCCCAGCUUGUGUUGAAGGGGAAUGAUCUGUGACUGCAUUUUCAUUGCAAAGAGCAUCGCGCGCGGCUUCCCUCAGAGUGACCGGUUUCCACGUCAACGGAACCCUUGGGGCUGCUCCCCACCCCAGCACAUCCACGAUAUUUUCCCGGGUUUCGGAUAAACUUGUAAUUGGACUUAGGCUACUGAAGCAGCGCCAGCAAACCUUGUGAGGCUCCUGUCUGGGAAUGGUUCGGGGCCCAGAGUGCUGUGCAAGUGUUGUCACGUUGCAGAUGGCACUGCUGAGUGCUCGGUGAGGUGAGACCCUUGCUAAGGGGGCGGCCUGCCAUCGCCCCUUUGCUUUCGUGCCCAGCCCAGGCGUGACGUGCAGAGGUGAGAAGCCUCCUUGUGCAGGUGCUGUGUGUAUGCACCUACAAGUAUUACCCACAGAAAUGGGUGUGGUAAGCUCUUCAUACUAGACUGCCAUGUCUCGUAUGUGAGCAUGUCGCCCACUUGGGGUUCUGCGUAAAGCAGGGAGCCAUCCAGGCUCUUUGGGGUGGGGGGCCCGUGGUUGAGGGGCAAAGAGGAGGCCCUGGAUUUGCUGUUUUUAUUUUUUUUUACUGUGGCAACUGCAAAGGGCUUGAUUGGCUGGCGAUGUCUGCUUACCUGGAAGUGUCCACCCAAGCAAAAGGCGCGUGUCUGAUGACACCCUCUCUGCUCCGUCUCUGUGCGUCUUUUACAGUUCUGGUCCAGGAAAUCAGGUUGUGUUAGGUCUGUGUGUACUUAGGAACAGUUCCGGCAUACUGAGAGAUUUUAAAUUUUUAAUCAGUCUGUUUCCUCCCCCUUUAUAUCACUUUAUAUGACACAAAGGAAAGUGUCCUGUCCCGAAUUUGUUUGUUUCCCAUCAAUAUAUGUGGACACCAAUACGGCGAUUGAUACCUUAGUGAAGCCAACCGGGCAGCUCAUUUUUGAGUUCUUGGUGAGAAAUUUGGAAAAAAGUAAAGACCAGUUGUUCAAAGUGGACAGGAUUUAACGUUCUAGUUACUUGAACACGAUAAUUUGCCUUCUGACUUGUUCAUUGUGGGUUCAGCAUGUGCUGUAAUGAGGGAGUGCGGCUGCACAAGGCUUUCUGUGCUUCGUAUCUGGGUACUGAGGAGAGUUCCUACUUUUUUUUUUUAAAUCCUCAAAUGUGCAGAACUAAAAAGGAAUUCUCCUUUUCAGCUUAUUUUAACUUGUGAAGCCUGUUGGUUUUGUUCUUACCCUUCUUGGGGUGUGGACGGUCUCUGUAGAUGAUGGUGAAGUGUUGAGUGUUUAGAAUGUCCUAGACAUAGCUGCCUGAGUAGAAGUCCUCUAUUAAUCUAGAACACUAGAAGAGAAUUUAGAAAAAUCUCUCAAAAGCUUUCUAAGAGAACAGAACUAGGGUCUGAAUAUUUGCAGUGUGGGACUCCUGCCCUGUCUUACUAUGUGAGUGAAAGAAGUGUGUUUUCUUCAGCGAUUCCCUGUUGCAAAAUAUGGGACAGAAAAUAGCGUUACUGGCUGGUAUCAGUCGAUUUAGUAACAUCUGGAUGUCAGCACUCACCUCCUAGUCUUCCACAGUCAUUUAGGUAAAGGGUCCGGUGUAUUGUUUUCUUCGCUUUCUGUUUUAAAGGUUAAACUUUCCAUAUUUAAGAAUAAGUGUGAGUUUAGGACGAUGUUUUCCAGGCUUCCUCAGAUUGUUACUGUUGUCAGAAUCCCACAUUACCUUGUAGAACAGGGUUCCCACCCAAUGCGUGGUAAGGAUUGAGAGAAAUCUUCAGAACAUAAAAUAUAAAGACAGCAGGCAAAAACACCGUCAAACUGGAAUUGGCCACCAUGGAAAAAGCAGUCACCCAGGUUUUCUUUAAUUCAGAGUACAUUUGUUCCAGGGAGGCUGGGUGGUGGUUGGAGGAUCCCGGGGGCGGGGGAGGUAGGAGGCUGGAGUGAGCCUCCUGAGGCAGAGGCUUUCCCUUUUGCCACCUUCAGGACUUUUUGUUAACUGUUGUAACCAGAUAGCUGUUGUGUUUUAAAAUAUAAAGGAAGAAGACCGAAAUUGUAAAUACUUUGUAAACAAUCAUUUGUACUUGAAUAGUAGGGUUUUAAAGGGCACUGAUAUCCCAUACCAAACAAAAGGUAUAAUAAAUUGACCUUUUUAUAUG